UUUCCUUAUAGUGCGUGCGCCGCCAUUCGGUCUGACAUCGUUUCAUUCGGGAUCAGUUGCGCCGGGAAGGGUGACAAUGUCUUCUCCUUGCGUACUCGAGAUCGGUAGUGGUGGCUUCAGUUUUGAAAACUGUAUCAGAAACUCAAGGCUUCAGGCUUCAGGGGAGAAGAACACUAAGUUCAAGGUUACAAAAACUGGAACAACAAUCGCUGGAGUCAUUUUCAAGGAUGGAGUGGUUCUUGGUGCAGAUACUCGGGCAACAUCUGGAGAGGUUGUGGCAGAUAAAAACUGCAGCAAAAUUCACUACAUAGCCCCGAAUAUUUAUUGUUGUGGUGCUGGUACUGCUGCAGAUACAGAGAAAACGACAGAUAUGCUGCGCUCCAAUCUUGCUCUCCAGAUUCUCUCCAUGGGCCGCAACCCUCGCCUCAUUAUGGCCAGUCGCAUUUUGCAGGACUUUCUUUUCAGGCACAAGGGCCAAAUCAGUGCCAUGCUGCUGUUAGGUGGGGUGGACUGCACAGGACCUCAUAUCUUUACUGUUGGUCCCUAUGGCUCUGUCAACAAAGCUCCAUUUGCAACAAUGGGAUCUGGUGAUCUGCCAGCUUUGGCUGUCUUUGAAGACCGUUUCAAACCCAAUAUGACAGAGGAGGAUGCAAAGCUGCUGGUUCGGGAUGCAAUAAGUGCAGGAAUCAUGAAUGAUCUUGGCUCUGGAAGCAAUGUAGACCUGUGUGUCAUUAGAAAGAAUGGGACAGAGUACAUACGACCAUUUGAGAGCUCAAACUUCAAAAGUGAAAGGCAGAGAAAAUACAAAUAUCCAGAAGGAACAACUCCUGUCAUCAAGGAACAAAUAAAAAAACUGGAUUUAGUAGAGGAGACAGUGCAGCAAAUGGAAGUAGCACAGUAGAUCAAUAUUUUAUAUUGAAACGAUAUUUGUGCUUAUGGUCACCAUGAUAUUGUUUUGUUCAAGAGUUUAUAUGAAUCUUACUGCAAUUCAGUAUACGUUAGUUAACUAUAAAAUAUGAUAACUGGUACAUAAUUCCAUUCUCCCUUUGUAGUACACAUUUCAAUGCUUUGGGGAAAGACUGUUUUGCCAAUGUCAUAAACACAAUGCAAAUUUCCAAAUUUUUUUUUUUUUUUCGAAAGUAUCAUGGUGAACAUUUUUUAUAAAAGAUGUGCUCUAUGUCUAAAAGUAAAUGGAUUAGGUUAUUUUCCUUACUUUAAAUAUACUCAUUAUUCAAUUAAA